CAGAAUAUUCAGAGCGGUGUUGAAGAGUUUCACAGGAAUGGAUUUGUUAUUCUAGAGGAUGCUGUCGGGCAUGGGGUCAUAGACCAUGUCCAUCAAAGGAUGCUCCAAGACUUUCGCAAACAUCGCACGUCUCCAAAUGUUCACUGGAAUCAAGGCAGAUGCUCUGGAAAUAUGUCCCAAACACCUCCUCUACUCCCAGAAUAUCUCCACGAAGAAAUAUGGGCAAACCGUCUUGCUGUCAAUAUACUAGAGCAUAUUGUUGGGCCGAGACCCCAACUUUCCUUUGCUACGUCUAACAUCGCCUUACCGAGGAUGAAGGGUCGUCAAGCGGUUCAUAGUGAUUACUACUGUACUCAUUUCGACUUUCCAGUAUUCCUGGAGGUUGGCGUCUACCUCCAGGAUGUGGACUCUCGCAACGGCGCCACGGAAUUCUGGGUAGGAACCCAUGAAGGCUACAAUAAGGAGAAUCACAGUUCGCUAGACACAGGAUGGAUUAAGCAAGAAACUUUUACUGCCCGAGCUGCGAUAUGUCCCCCCAUCCAACCUGCAAUUUCAAAGGGCUCACUGUGCAUUCGCGAUCUCCGGUGUUGGCACGCAGGAAGGGAAAACUCUACCGAUGUGCCACGGAUUAUCCUAGGAUUCAUGUACAGUCCCCGAUGGUUUGGGUCGCACAUGCGGCUGAGGCUUCCAUCAGAAGCCCGGAAGUGCUUGGAGACGUGGGAGCACAUCGAUUGCUUAGGCACAGCAGAUUUCGUGGAGAGCGAUUUCAACUAUCUUGAC